GGUCGCCAAGCGGCGUUUGCCUACUAAAAAGUUGGUCGAAUCAAGAAGCAGCCUGAAAUUAGCCUUUCAGUGUGGAAAAUCGAAAUUCGAACUCUCUACAUCCAUACGUGAGGAAUUUCACGUUCUUUGUAAUCUGUCAAUCUGUAAUCAGCCUCAUAAUACAAAGCAGUGUAGGUGCGAGAUCCAAGAAAAUGAGUCUCCCUACUAUCAAGGAUUAUUCUCUAUUAGAAAAAAUCGGAUCUGGGAGCUACGCAAUUGUUUAUAAAGCCUUCAGAAAAGGUGGAUCCAAGGAUGUGGUGGCCAUAAAAUCGAUGGAUAAAUCUACACUGUCAACAUCAGCAAUAGAAAAUAUUAUAACGGAGAUAAGCCUUCUAAAGAUACUCAAACACGAUCACAUUGUAGAAAUGAAGGACUUCUUUUGGGACGAUAGGUACAUAUACAUAGUAAUGGAGUAUUGUGACGGCGGUGACUUGUCUAGUUUUAUUAGAAAAAAACACAGAUUGCCAGAGAAUAUUUGCAGGAAAUUUUUACAGCAGCUCGCGCUUGCUCUUCGAUUUCUACGUAGUCAUAAUAUAUGCCACAUGGAUCUCAAACCACAGAACUUAUUACUUGUCAAGAAACCAAAACUAACGCUCAAAGUUGGAGACUUUGGUUUCGCUCAGUACCUGGCCAAUUCUGAACAUAGAUUCAACAUGCGAGGUUCUCCACUUUACAUGGCCCCAGAGAUUUUACUAGAUCAUAAAUACGACGCGAGAGUUGACCUCUGGAGUGUAGGAAUCAUCAUGUAUGAAUGUCUUUUUGGAAAGGCUCCCUACUCGAGUAGCAGCUUUCAAGAGCUUGCUGAAAAAAUCAAAGACAGGCGUCCCAUUGAGCUCCCUAAAAAUGCGUAUAUAACUGCGGAGUGCAAGGACUUGAUAACUUCGUUAUUGAAACAUAAUCCUACAGAAAGAAUGACGUUUGACGAAUUUUUUGGCCAUGAAUUCUUGGAUCUUCGGCAUGCGCCUACAACAGACAACUAUGAUAAAGCUGUAGCACUGGUUCAACAGGCGGUGCAGCUUGAUAAGGAGAAAAAUCAGAAGGAAGCAUUUCACCUUUACUGUGAAUCACUGCGAUAUUUCAUCCCGUUACUAACGAACGAGACUGAUCCACAGAGGAAAGAGAUUCUCAGACUCCGUAUAAACGAUUACAUUAAGCGAGCAGAGGAACUGAAACGCGUUUACGCCGAGGGUUACACCGAUAUUGCAACAUUGGAUGAAAACAGAAGUAUUCUCAAAGUUCCUAGCGAAUCUUCGGGUGUAAUGCAGAAGACUGAAUCCCAAGAUAACGAAAUUUACCGUGAAUUAUAUACUCUAAGUAAAAGUACGACAGGGAUGCCUGGGGCUCUUGAAAUAGGGGAAGCAGCUGAGCAGUACCUGUCUGAAGGAAAGUACGCGAUAGCACUAGAAAAGUUCAAGUCUGCUCUAGAAAUGCUGGUACCUCUUCUGGCCAAAGAGCCGGUUGGGCGUCGUAGAGACCUUCUGCACAAACAGGUCCAGCUGUGGAUGAAGGAGGGAGAGAGUACCAAGGCUUUACUAUCUACGAAAAAUUUGGAGGAGAGUACAAGACAGUCGAAUUAUUCCCAUUUAUCUGAACAGUGCGUAUUGCAAUAAAUUCGUAAUUUAUUUGUGAAGAAAAAAAAAAAAAAAAAAAAAUAAUUACAAUUCCCUUA